GAUCAUAAGACACACUCUACAAAGACACACAAGAAUUCAGCACAGAUAUCUUAAACCAUCUUUCUAUAUUUAGAUCUGGAGGUGUGAGAAUUUUGUAUACAGUGUCAGUGUCUAGAAUUUAUAAUAUUUCAUAAGAUUUUAUGGAAAUAUCUCAUUGAAAAAGAUUAUACAUAUCACUGAAUUCUAUUUUAUAAAUUACUAGGUCAAGUUCAAGUAUAACCCUAAUAAUUUUAAUAAGACUACAAUGCCAGCUUUAAAUGAUACGUAUUAUUUUUUGUUAGAAUUUUAUAAUCACGAUGCUUAUCCUGUAAAAUUGGAGAUAUUUGAACUAAACAAGUCAUCAUAAAUCAAGUCUCAUAUACUCAAGGAUGAAUUAUACUUUAUAAAGAUUAAUAAAUAUAUAAUUAUAUAAUAUAUAUAUAUAUAUACAUAUAUAUAAUUAAAAGCUACAAUCAACAAAUACAAAAAUGUGCGCACGACUAUUAGCAUGUCCAUUGUGUUCUCAACCUGGAUUUUUGACACUUGAUGCAUUACGAGCUGGCCUUGUAAGUGUGGCAACUCGACCUCUCAUAUGCCCUGUUUGUAACGAAGUGCUCUUAGGCAUAGAUAAAUUAACUAUACAUUUAUUUAGUCAUACAAUCAAUCUGAGUAAUAAUACGGUAGAAUCGUCUAAAUAUGUUGCUCCCAAUGAGCAUCUGGUUGCAGUUCAUAAUGCACACAAUGUUGCUCUGCAACAUCAAGAUUGGAAUGUAUUAAAAACACAACCAGAUAAGACGCAAAUUUCAAAUGAUAACAAUAGCUCGGAGCCAUCAGAUUCUGGAAUAGCAAGUACAGAGAACAAUAUCCCUGUUGUAAAUUCACAGCCUCAAACACAAAAUCAAAACUUAUCAGUUAAAAAUGUAAAUCAACACAGUUUCAUGUCAGAUUAUAAUUAUGAUGUGAUAAAAGUAAAUAUCUUUCCAGAAUCAAACGAAAAUCACAAUGUAGUGCUAAGACCAACUGCAAGUUUGCAGCAAGAUGUAUUAAAAACAGAUUGUACAAUGCCAUUUUUUUCUAAUGACACUAUUAAACAUUUAAAUAUAAUAACAGAAAAUGCACAGGCAGAAAAAGCUAUAUCAGACCUAAUCACUGGGACAAAAGCAUCAGAAAGUACAGAUAACAACAUCUACGAAGAUAUUGAAAAAAAAUGUGAAUCGAAUAACAGCCAAUGUGUCGCAAAGGAAAGACUGAUAAGUUUAAUUGAAAAAGAAAAUAAUCUCACAAAUUUUCAAUCAAUUCAGAAUAUAGUUUGUGCAAAUGUAUCACCAGAAGAAUGUAAUGAUAAACAAAGUUUAUCUGAUACAAGAGAGACUGUGUUUGAGACAAAUGCUGAAUAUCAAGAUCAAAAUUCGGAACACAGAGAAACAUUAUCCCAGACAUGUACUAAAGUUUUUCGAACCAUAGCACCAAAAGAAAAGACAGAACGAUGUAACACAUGUGGCUUCCACUUUCCUGACACCAAUAUUUUGGCUUUGCAUAAACAAUUAGUGCAUGAGCAAGAUUCAAAUAAUAUCUCUGGCAAAGUUCAAAAUUAUUCGUGUCAUUUAUGCUCUAAAACAUUCAAAAUGAGAGGCAGUUUGAUGGUACAUAUGAGAGUAGCUCACGUUGGGCACAAUUUAGCUACUCUUUCAAAAGAUGGCCAGAUUGAACUUACAUGCAGUGAUGCUGGAUAUACUUGCCCUACAUGUGGGAAGAAAUUUAAGAAAGAGCAACAUGUAAUACAACACUUGAAAACCCAUGAAGGCAAACAGUGGGAAUGUGAUACUUGUAGCAAAAUGUUUACAACAAAAUAUUUUUUAAAAAAACGACUGCAUUCAGGAGAAAUGCCAUAUAAAUGUAAAAUUUGUGACAAGAGUUUCACCUUUCAGCAAUCAUAUCAUAAGCAUAGAUUUUAUCAUAAGGAUGAAAAACCUCACAACUGUGCAACUUGUGGUAGAUCAUUUAAAGAACUUUCAACAUUGCACAAUCAUGAGAGGAUUCACACUGGAGAGAAACCUUUUGCAUGCGAAACUUGUGGAAAAUGUUUUCGUCAACGUGUUUCGUAUUUAGUCCAUCGUCGAAUUCACACAGGAGUGAUGCCUUAUAAAUGCACAUCAUGUGGCAAAAGCUUCCGAUAUAAGGUGAGUCAAAGAACUCAUAAAUGUCAUAUACAAACAUCAGGCAACAUCCAGCAAUCGUUUGACACGAUUGCACAAGAUGUGCAAGAUGCUGAUGACAAUGCAAUCAGGCUGCAGACCAAUACCUUUCAAGAAGGUCAAUCGACGACGACUGUCGACGAUAAUGAGAAAAAUAAGUUUGUGUUGAUAAUAAACGCCCAAGGACAACAUGUUUUAGCGCUACAGUCAGAGAUAAACAAUGUAUCUUCUGAAAGAAAAGAAGAAAACGUGGAAUUUAGAGAUGCCGAUAACACAAACAAAGAUUCAGAGGGUGCUAACAACUUUAACUCUGUACAACUUGAAGAAUCUACAGAAUCAAUUCAGAAAAUACAAUCAGAUAAUGAAAAAAUAGACAUAAAAAACACUAAUAAUUUUUUCUCCAUGGUGAUGUCUCCUCUCGAGAAUAGCAUAUCAUCUACUUUCGAGAUAGAACAUUUGAGAGUAUCUUCACCUAAACAUAAAGAAAAUUCGAUAGAUUCUUACACCAAUUUUCCACAAGUCUCUGACAGUGUGCAAAUGAAUAUGGUGGAAUCAGACAUAGAACAAAGCUUCAAUCGCGCAAAAGAUGGUACCGAUACUUUGCAAACUAUAAAUGAAGAGUCAUUGAAGGAAUUAUUAUAUGGUAUGGAUAGAAAAUGAAGCAAUAUGUGUAUACCUUUUUUGUUGUAAUGUGAUAGUACAAACUAACAAUACAAAAUAUUAACAUUAUUGAUUAAGAUUAUAGAUAAAAUAUAUAUAGAUAUUUAUUCUAAAUGUAAAAAUGUUAUUGCUUUAACUGUGAUUAUCAUAAAUAGAUUAUAUACACCAUCUUUAUAUGUACAUCAACUAGAGCGCAAAAUAUAAAAUAUUUUGCUAAUUGUA